CCUGGUCCCGCCCCUCCGUUUCCGGUGAUUGCUUUGGUGGCUGCGGGAGCGUGCUCGGCGUCCGCGCUUGCGCAGCGGAGAAAUGGAGCCCCAUUCCUGUGACACUUUUGUGGCAUUACCUCCAGCCACAGUUGGUAACAGGGUUAUUUUUGGGAAAAAUUCAGACAGACUCUUCGAUGAAGUACAAGAAGUAGUUUACUUCCCAGCUGCAGUGCACAAUGAUUUAAGAAAGCGUCUUAAGUGUACUUACAUAGAAAUUGAUCAAGUUUCUGAAACAUAUGCUGUUAUCCUUAGUCGCCCAGCUUGGUUGUGGGGGGCAGAAAUGGGAGCCAAUGAGCAUGGAGUCUGCAUUGGGAAUGAAGCUGUAUGGGGAAGAGAGGCAAUUUCUAAGGAGGAAGCACUUUUGGGCAUGGACCUUGUCAGACUUGGCCUUGAAAGAGCUGAUACAGCUGAGAAAGCGCUCGAUGUUAUUGUCAACUUAUUAGAAAAACAUGGCCAAGGUGGAAAUUGUGCAGAGGGCGAAGAACUUAGCUAUUAUAACAGCUUCCUGAUAGCGGAUAGGAAUGAAGCUUGGAUUCUGGAGACUUCAGGGAAGUACUGGGCAGCAGAAAAAGUCCAAGGAGUUCGGAAUAUUUCCAAUCAGUUCUCCAUAACGACCAAGAUCGACCGGGAGCAUCCGGACAUGAGGAGCUAUGCUAAGCAGAAAGGCUGGUGGGAUGGCCAGGAGGACUUUGAUUUUGCUGCAGCAUACUCUUACAUUGACACAGCUUCAAUGAUGACGUCAUCAAGCAGAUACUGUCAGGGCUACAAGCUUCUGAAUAAGCAUAAAGGAAACAUAACUUUCGAAACAAUGAUGGGAAUUCUGCGAGAUGAACCAAGUGGCAUCAAUAUGAAGGGAGAAUUCCUGAGCACCGCAAGCAUGGUUUCUGUCCUACCUCGAGAUUCCAGCCUUCCUUGCAUUCACUUCUUUACGGGGACUCCACAUCCUGAGAGGUCUGUUUUUAAGCCUUUCAUAUUUUCACCACAUAUUUCACAACUGUUCGACACGAAAUCACCAACAUUUGAACUUGAAAGGCUCUUGGCAAAGAAGCCAUAUGUCAAGCCUGACAGAAGACACCCACUCUACCAAAAACAUCAACAGGCCUUGGAAGUGAUAAGUCACAAUAAGGAAAAAAGCAAGACAAUUCUGGACAACAUGAGGAAGCUGGAAAAAGAAGUGUUUGAAGAGAUGGAAUCAGUCCUCCAAAACAAACAUCUUGACAUGGAUAAAACUGUUAAUCUCUUUCCUCAAUGUGUAAAAGAUGAAAUUAAAAUUUAUCAGUCAAAUAUUAGCUCUUAAUGAUAUAUACGUGAUCAAAAUCUUCCCCAUCGCCCUGAUAAAUGAUACAAAGGUACUUUAAGGAGAUCUGAUCUUUUCUUUAAAUACUAAGUGAUAUUCUGACUGUUAAAAUCUCAGUAAUUAGUAUUCAGUUGCAAAAAGCACAAAAUAUUAACAUGAUACAUAGGCUAGGUUUAUUAUAUUCUAUAGUGCCCUCCAGUAGUUUUCUCAGUUAAGAAAGCUUGGAGCUUCUUAUUAAAAAAAAAAAUAAAAGCAAUGGAAAGUAUGUCAAAUGAGUUUUUGUGCUUUAGGCAAAUAAUAACCAGCCU